AUGGCAGAACAGACGAGUUCACGAUCAAAGUCGGUCUGCACCAAGGGUCAGUACUUAGUCCCUUGUUUGAAGGUAAACACCAAGAAGACUGAAGUUAUGGCAAGUAGCAGGAGGGAUGUGGAAGUGAACAUCAAAGACAAGGACAAUGCUAGGCUCAAGCAGGUUCAGGAGUUCAAAUACCUUGGAGUGACCGUAGAUACCAGAGGAGGGUCGCAAGUGGCUCGAAGAGCUAGAGUGGCAGCAGCAUGGAACAAGUGGAGAGAACUGUCAGGUGUUAUCAGUGACAGGAAGAUGCCUAGGAAACUCAAGGUGAAGCUAUACAGCACUAUAAGACGACCUGUGCUCCUAUAUGGGGCAGAAGUAUGGACAAUGGGAAAGAAGGAGGAGAGGAUACUGGAAGCGACAGAAAUGAGGACGUUGAGAAGAAUCAAAGGCGUGACGCUGAGAGAAAGGGAAAGAAGUGCUGACAUCAGGAGAGAACUGGAAGUGAGUGACAUCAACGAGAAGGUCAAGAAGAUAAGAAUGAGAUGGUACGGACAUGUGAAGAAAAGAGAAGGAGGACAUCUAGCAAAAGUGGCUAUGGAAAGUAUAGCACCAGGAAGAAGGCCGAGAGGAAGACCAAAGAAGAGAUGGAGAGAUAACGUGAGGGAGGAUAUGAGCCCCUUCGGCGUGCGUCCGGAAGAGGCCCUGGAAAGAGAGACUUGGAGACGGAAGACCGGGCGGCUGACCCUGCAGGGCAGCCUCAAGGAGUCAUAA